GUGGUAAACGUGGACGAGGAAGGCCAAAAACUGCACGACGGUCAACUGGAGGUGACAGACACGGACCUGAUAGUCUACCAGCGACAGAGGUCGCCGGUACGCUGGCCGUUACGAUCGCUGCGUCGCUACGGUUUCGACGCCGACAUCUUCAGCUUCGAGUCGGGACGACGCUGUCGCACCGGGCCGGGCGUCUACGCGUUCCGUUGUCGGCGCGCUGAGGAACUCUUCAAUCUGCUCCAGUCGCAUAUACAGAUGCGUAAUAGCACGACCGAGGACGCGAUCUCGCGUGAACUGAGUGGCACGCAGCUAUCACACCAGCACCAGAGGCCGGUCAGCUGCGGCAGCGGCAGCGAAUACAUGGAGCCGACACCGCUGCGACCCGAAACGACACCGCUGCGACAGGAAACGACACAGCUACGACACAACAGUGUGGCCAGCAACGGGCCACUCAGUCCCGCCUCUGCGGUGUUGCCGUCCUCACCGCCCUAUGUGAACGGUGACCUGCCAGCGGCGGCGGCGACGACCCGGCAACACUGUCGCCAGCUGAGCCGCUCCUUCAGUAGUAACAGCGCAAGUCUGGCGCUGGCCGUGCCAAGCGAGGCUGCACCCACGCUCCGUAGAGACAACCAGCCGGCGCCUCUAAUGUUCACACAAUCGCACACCAGCUAUGAACGCACCACCGUUGUACAGGUAUCACCAACGUACAGCAUAUCAAGCGAAACGAAUCUGAUGGCGCGAAUGGAGGAGUGCCGUGUGAUAGCGGCCGACGGAGGCAGUGAAGAUGGAGCAGCCAAUGGUGGCACGCCGUUUUACAUCAACAUCAAGCCAGGCAUGCACAACCUCCAGUCGCCGCCACCGGUGGCCUGUGCAGGCGACAGGUGUCCAGGCAGCGACAGGCUGCAAGCAUGUGCAGGCGACAGCGACAGGUUAGUGAGGCCGCGGUUAGUGAGGAUCUGCACGAGUAUGCCAACCUGGAGCUGGGUGCCGACCUGGAGAUGGUCGGCGCCGGAGUCGGAGAAUGGAGAGAUCUCUGACGCGACAGUCGUUCGUGUUGCCGGCCAACCUAGCCAACAGGUCAGUGGUGUCCGUGGUGGACCGACAGGUGAACUACGCGGUGCUGGACUUGGAACGGGAUCAGCCCGUGCCUCCGUCGCCCGUGUCGCUAGCUGCGCCGACGGACGACGCGCGACCCGCGCAGCGCUACGCGACAAUCGACUUUGACAAGACGAUCGCGCUGUCCAACUCGAUCAACCCGAGCGUUGGACAGGAGUCGGAAGGCUGUCGUGUGACCCGACACGACCCCGACUUCGAUCCCACACGGCACCGACAUCGCGGCGAGUCCUCAGGCGAUUCAACGACAGGCGAGUCGCGUAAAGCGUCACUGUCGCGUAGCACCCGCGGUUUCACGGAUCGGCUCAGCGCGUCGCUCAACGAAUGACAAAAAAGUAACUUUAUUUUUUUCCUUAAAAUGUAGUAUUGGUUGGCUGCAUUCAGUUUGUAUUGAGGGGUUCACGGCUAACUCAACAAUCAAUGUUGACUCUUUGAAUGAAAAAGACUAAGAAAUUGUCAAAAAACCACUGAUUUAUUGAUAAUUAGAAAGACCGGUUUCGGUUAUUACACCAUUGUCAAUCUCUGCUAAACUAACUAUUUUUAGUUUAGCAGAGAUUGACAAUGAUGUAAUAACCGAAACCGGUCUUUCUAAUUAUCAAUAAAUCAGUGGUUUUUUUGACAAUUUCUUAGUCUUUUUCAUUCAAUAUGAAUAAUUACCACAAUAUCAACUUCUCAACUACACAAAAAAUGUUGACUCUGGUAAACGUAAAGUUGUUGUCUA